AUGGGGGCAUCUAUGAAGAUUCAAGCUGGCCAAACCGCCUACAUCAACCAGGCUGUUUCAAAUGGGUAUUCCAAUGAAAUAUCACAGGAGCAGGUACUUUUAACAUCUCAUCCAGGAGGAGUCGAACUUGAACGACCUGUGAAACGGCUGCGCACAUCAGACCACUCCACAUCCCUUCUUCCAUCGGCUCCUCUAAAUCCCGAGGCUCAAAGCCAACCUUUGACGCCCAAAGUGAUUGACAAGCCAUCUCCAAUCGAAAGAUAUGCUACAAAUUGGCUGAGUGAAUUUAUGCGGCGUGAUGGCGAAGGUAUCAACACACCCGUUUCCUCGACUUCCGCCUCUCUUGCAUCCUCGUUCGAUCCGAGAAAAUCCACAUCUGCCCCCACAACUCCAGAGCAAGCUUCGUCCACACCGGUCUGUGUUGAAGGCAUGAGUAUACUACAGAGUGGAAAAGUUGAUAUAGAUAAAUGUCGACCUCGUUCAUCUAUCCCUACCCGGCUCUCGCCCGCCUUAUAUGGCCGACAGUGCGUAGCAUCCGCCUAUGCAUCUCGACUUGAUCCGUAUGCGCUCCAUCCAAAGGAGCAGCAAGUACUGCAGGACAUUCUCUGUCAUAUGCACUCCACGGUCUAUUUAAACAUAAGAAAUGGCAUUCUGCGACUUUGGACGCGAAACGCGAUGGUCAGCGUCACCAGAGAGGAGGCUCUGGGCUGUGCAAAAGACUACCGGUGGAUGAACCUCGCUUCCUUUGCGUAUGACUGGCUGGCACGGUAUGGAUACAUCAACUUUGGCUGCGUCGAGGUUCCAAUGCCUCUGGUGCCUCCGAGAAGAGGGAGGCGUCGUGAAGGACCCGUCAUUGUUGUCAUAGGAGCUGGUGUUGGCGGCCUUGGCUGUGCACGUCAGUUAGAAGGUCUUUUUCAUCAUUACCGCGAUGCAGAGACUUCCCCGCGAGUUAUCGUUUUGGAGGGGCGCCGCAGAAUCGGUGGAAGAAUUUACUCUCAUCCUUUGCACAGUAUGAAAUCAGAAGACCUGCCAUCUGGACUCGUGCCGAAGGCAGAAAUGGGAGCUCAGAUUAUUGUUGGUUUUGAUCGUGGCAACCCCCUCGACCAAAUCAUUCGAGCUCAGUUGGCUCUACAUUACCAUUUACUUCGUGAUAUCUCCACCCUCUACGAUAUCGAUGGUACUCCUGUUGAUGAAGGGGAAGAUGCCAUGGAUGAAAAGAUCUACAAUGAUGUGUUGGAUAGGUCGGGUUUCUAUCGUCACAAGGCACUAAUCGUUCCUACUGCAGGGGGUGACCGUGACUUGAUUGAUACUGGUCGUGAUACGACUAUAGAUGACGGUCUGACAGUUCGUCAGUACGAAGAAGCUCGCCGUGCAGGUACCACGCAUCUUCUUGUUCCCACCAAGCGAGUUCGAAGACGUCGAGGAGCGGGUCACAAAACAGCAGAGGUUGAGCCUAUCAAUGAUGCAUCAGGCGAUAUCGUGGAUCCUUCAAAAGAUGACCCUGCUGGUUUGACCUGCCAGGCGAAUGGGUGGAGAUUAAAUCCAGGUUAUUCCGCCAAAGAUACGCUUGAACUAGAUGGUGUUGCGACUGCGACCCCUACCCAGACUCUGGGAGCUUUCAUGGAUGAAGGUGUGAAACAAUAUCAACGCAUGCUUCCGUUGCGACCCAAAGAUAUGCGGCUCAUGAACUGGCACUUUGCAAAUCUUGAGUAUGCCAAUGCCACCAAUAUAAACAACCUUAGUCUGUCCGGGUGGGACCAGGAUAUCGGUAACGAGUUCGAGGGAGAACAUGCUCAGGUAAUUGGCGGCUAUCAGCAAUUGCCCUAUGGGUUAUAUUCCUUGCCUACUAAGCUCGAUGUCCGCACAAAUAAGAUUGUCAAAAGUAUCUCAUAUGACCCGCUUGGAGCUGGCAAGCGGAAAUCGGUCAUUCAAUGCGAAGACGGCGAAAAUUUCAUGGCAGACCACAUUGUUUUCACAGGUUCCCUCGGCGUGCUCAAACAACGAACAAUAAAAUUCAAUCCUCCUCUCCCCGAUUGGAAGAUGGGGGCUAUUGAUAGACUAGGAUUCGGAGUUAUGAACAAAAUAGUUCUGGUAUUUGACGAACCAUUUUGGGAUACUGAACGAGACAUGUUUGGACUUCUGCGUGAGGCAACAACCCGCGACAGUAUGGUGCAGGAAGAUUACGCGCAAAAUCGCGGGCGAUUCUAUCUAUUCUGGAAUUGCAUGAAGACUACAGGACUGCCCGUUCUCAUUGCUCUCAUGGCCGGUGAUGCCGCACUUCAGGCCGAAAAGACGCCAGACAAAGAUAUUAUCACUGAGGUCCUUUCUCAACUGCGAAAUGUCUUUAAACAUGUACCCGUGCCGGAUCCUCUUGAAACCAUCAUCACUCGUUGGGCAUCAGACAAAUUCACAUAUGGUAGCUAUUCCUAUGUGGCAGCCAACGCUCUUCCUGAGGACUACAAUCUUAUGGCCCGACAAGUGGGCAACCUUCACUUUGCAGGCGAAGCUACCUGCGGCACACACCCAGCAACGGUCCAUGGAGCAUACAUAUCAGGCCUCCGUGCUGCCGCAGAAGUCAUCGAAUCAGCCGUGGGCCCAAUCGAGAUUCCCAGCCCUCUUGUUCCGGAGAAAACAGCGAGCAACACUGCCCCUGCUCCUGCAACUCCGGCCCCUACAACUCCCAAACGUACCAUCACCAAGCAUCCAGACAUAAGAUCCACCCCAUCUCACUCUAAAGCCAAAUCAAACCCCCAACCACAAUCACAAUCACAACAAUCCUCUCCUCCAAACAAAGAACCCUCAGUACUUCCAGACAAACUCCACCGCGAAGCAUAUGAUCAAGCAUUGUGGGCAGCCAUCCAUUCCGAGCUCGGCGCACCACCUCCCCGCCCUCAAAAGCUCGGUCUAAACCCUUUCCUUCUUUACCAAAAAGACUUCUGGUCCAUAUGCCGCGACCAGUGCGACGAUGCUCGCCGCGUAUCAUCAAACAAACCCACCGCCAAAGCUAGCCGUAACGAGAUCCGACACGCUCUCGGCCAGAUGUGGCGCAAUGCAUCGGCCGAAGAGAAGAAGCCGUAUCUAGAUGAGAUUGAGGCGAAUCGUGUACAUAAUGUGCAAGCCUUGCAGAAAUGGGUGGAUACCGCCGCAAAAUGGGAUGAAAGAUCUUUCGAGGUCAAAAAUCGAUGGUGUGGUGCUAAUCCGUUUGAGCUGUGGAUUAUGCCGGGAUCUGCUGAGUGA